AUGGCUCCUGCAGACGAGUACUCCUCAGCCGGUGGAGGCGGCGGGCGCCUCAAGCUAAAAGGCAGCAAAGUGAGCGCGGGCCGCGUGGAGAAGAAAAAGAAGAAGAAGGAGAAGCGGAAGGAAGCGGAGGAAGGCGGCGAAUCUGAGCCUGCCCGGCAGGAUGGGGGAGAGAAUGACCAGAAACAGACACAGCUACAACGGCACGGAGAGGGUGGGGAACCAGAGUCCAAAUCAAAGUCCCGGUCCGGGUCACCCGGUUUGAAGGCUGCUGGUGGUGAUGAUGAUGAUGACGAAGCGGCGCUGAGGGCGAUGACUGAGGCGGAGAGACGGCAUGAGGAGGUGCGGCGGAAACGGCUACGUGAGCGUCUCCAGCGCGAAGGCGUCAAGACGCACAAAGAGCGAGUCGAAGACCUGAAUAAGUAUCUCAGCCGGCUGAGCGAGCAUCAUGACAUGCCGAAGAUUGGACCCGGAUAA